AUGUGCGGAAGCGACAUCCUCCUGGGCCUCAUCGCGAUCCUGUUCCCGCCGCUCGCAGUCUGGGUCAAGCGUGGCCUUUGCAGCGCUGACAGUCUGAUCAAUAUCCUUCUCUGCUGUCUCGCAUACCUCCCAGGCCUCCUACAUGCUUGGUACAUCAUCGCGAUCACGCCCGAUCCGACAUACGAGCGAGUGGCCCAGCAGGACGCCGAGCGUGGCACAGUGACAUAUUACUAUGUUCAAACGAACGGGCAGCCACAGUAUGCACCGCAGGGACAAGGAGGACAAAGCUAUGGCACUGUAAAUGCGAGCGCACCAAAUGCGCAGUUCGCCCAACAACAGACGAAACCGCAACCACACCCAGGGGCAGCUGCUGUGCAUCCUUCUUCUUCACAAGCAGGUCCUAGUGGCGAGGAAGAUGCGCCACCGCCAUCGUACCAACAAGCGACGGGAGACAAUAAGAUCCAACGACCUUAG